GCAUCAUCGUACACUACACACAUGACAUGCAUGUAUCUUCAUUAAUUGCUCAGUGAAACCACACGUACACCGGGUAGUGUAGCUACCUAGCCUGUGGGGUACUUUUCUAAUUAAUUAUUAUCUUCUUCAAUUAAUGGCCGUCAACAACAACAACAAGCUUCUUCUCAUAACAUUCGCCAUAUGCCGUCUGAUAGUAACGGUGGGAUUAACGGUGCUCCCGGAGCUGCUCGAUGUGGGACUGGAGGGUCGACUGAGCGUGGACACGUGGGAGCUGGAAGCGGCCUCUGUGGACUUCGGGAGGCUGAGCAGAGGGGUGCCUUCAGAGGUGGUGCACCCUGCGACGGCGCAGGAUGUGGCGAGGGUGGUGAAGGCGGCGUUCGAGUCGGCGUUGGCGGUGUCGGCGAGGGGACAUGGACAUUCGAUAAACGGGCAAGCGCUGAUAAGAGAGAAGAAAGGGGUGGUGAUUGAAAUGGGAAAGGGUGGUGGCGGUGUUAGAGUGUGUGAGAAAGGAAUGUAUGUAGACGUGUGGGGUGGAGAGUUGUGGAUAGAGGUUUUGAGUGCAACAUUGGAGUAUGGGCUGGCUCCCAUGUCUUGGACCGAUUACUUGUAUUUGUCUGUGGGUGGAACCCUAUCCAACGCAGGAAUUAGUGGACAAACCUUCAAUCACGGUCCUCAGAUCACCAAUGUUUACGAGCUCGAUGUGGUCACAGGAAAGGGUGAGCUGGUGACAUGUUCAGAAGAUCGUAACUCGGAGUUGUUCCAUGCUGUUCUUGGCGGUCUUGGACAAUUUGGAAUCAUCACAAGGGCUCGAAUUGCUCUCGAACCAGCUCCUCGCAGAGUUCGGUGGAUUAGAGUUUUGUAUUCGAAUUUUGGAAGGUUUUGUGAGGAUCAGGAGUAUCUGAUUUCUCUGCAUGGGAAACCAGGGAGGGAGAGAUUCGAUUAUGUGGAGGGUUUCGUGAUAGUUGAUGAAGGGCUGAUAAAUAAUUGGAGAUCUUCGUUUUUUUCACCAAGUAACCCUGUUAAUAUCACUUCCCUCAACGCCGACGGAGGUGUUUUGUACUGCUUGGAGAUUACAAAAAACUACGACCAAGAAAACGCAGAUUCUGUUGACGAGGAAAUACAGGGUCUGUUGAAAAAGUUGCAUUUUAUAUCAACAUCGGUGUUCACAUCAGACUUGCCUUACGUAGAUUUUCUGGAUCGUGUACAUAAGGCAGAGUUGAAGCUUAGAUCCAAGGGUUUAUGGGAUGUUCCUCAUCCAUGGCUCAAUCUUUUUGUUCCUAAAUCAAGGAUAAAGGACUUCGACAAGGGUGUGUUCAAGGGCAUUCUCGGAAAUAAGACAAGUGGGCCUAUCCUCAUCUACCCUAUGAACAAAAGCAAGUGGGACCCUAGGAGCUCGGUGGUGACACCAGAAGAAGAUGUGUUUUACCUGGUGGCAUUUCUGAGAUCAGCAUUGGAUACUGAGACACUGGAGUACCUGACUAAUCAGAACCGUCAGAUUCUGAGAUUCUGCCAUGGUUCGGAGAUCAAGGUGAAACAGUACCUGCCCCAUUACACUACGCAGCAGGAGUGGAUGGACCACUUUGGCGAUAAGUGGACCCAAUUCAAUGCCAGGAAGAUGCAAUUCGAUCCUCGCAGAAUCUUAGCCACAGGCCAGCAAAUUUUUCAAUUUCAUCCAUCCUCGGCCCUCACCAAGGAGGAUGAUAUGUAAUGUAAUUUUUACCUAGUUAGCUAGAAACAUGCAAAACAUUUUCUCUUUAACAGAUAAAUAAGGAAAUCCAGUCAUGGGUUCAAGUUUAUUAGCAGUUAUGCAGUGUAGAACAAGUGUACGUAGUAUUUAUUGUUAUUAGGAUCAUAGAAAAAAAAAAGGAAAGAGAAGGAUGAAGAGUGGGUGAGGCGUUGUUAUGUGAGGGAGAGAUUUUGUUAUGUACAAGGGAGAAAGAGAGAGAGAGGCAUAAUGAGGUAGGUAAUUUAUAAGGGGUAAUUUGGCCCAAUGUAUUUAUUUGUCACGUAAGUUGGAGUUUAUCUGAAUGGUCUUAGGAAGGGUGGGACAUGCCAAGGGGAUGAAAAGGGCAAUGUGCAUGUGCACAUGAGAUGUCGCUGUGCAGUGCCCGUGAUCCCGACCGCCCGUCUGCUUUGGCUGUCUCGUCCAUAAUCACGCAGCUGUUCCACUUCCACUCCUUUCUCAAUCUAUUUUCCAUUUUCGCUCUCACAUUUUUCAAUAUAUAUAUAAAAUCCUCCUUAUCUGUGAAUAAUGGCAAUAGGUUAAGAGUUUAAUA